AAACCAAUAUCGGGAAUAUACCAAAUAAGAUUUUUGUUUUGAUUCUUUGAUAAUUUAGGUGUUUUAAGUAAGUUAUUCCCAAAUUGAAAAGUAUAUUUUAUCAAUCUGGCCUCUUCGAAGAUGGUUUACUUACACUUUCCUUCUAAUUUAACUGAGGAGGAGUUGAUGCUCCAAGCAAAAUAUCAAAAAUUAAAGAAAAAAAAGAAAGCAUUGCAAGCACUGAAAGCGCCGAAGCAAGAACCUGAAAAACCUAUUUUGCCAAAACGUCCUACUGAGGCCCGCGACGCUCGUGAAAUAGCAAGAAAACUGAUAAAGAGUGGAGCAAUUCAAGCAAUCAAAAGUCCACCAGCACAGCCACAAAACGCCACAUUUAAGAGACCCAGGGCAGGUCGAGAAAGAAAACUUAGUGGAUCAACAGGAGCAACUGGCGGCAUUGCUUCCUAUCAACCAUUUAGCGCAUCACAAGAACCACUUCCAGAAGAAAAACCAGCACCUCGUGUGAAAUAUUUAUAUGAUUCGUUUGUAACGGCUAGAGAAAAGGAGGAAAAAGGUCCACAGCAUCCUGCUGGUAAUGAAACUCCAAAUCCUGGUGGCAAAAGUAGCACUUUACAGAUUGCGGGACCACAGAUUACAGAGGAUGUUGUUAGACGUCGACUAGCUUCAUUUGAACCAUUCACUUAUGUUCAGGAACCAGAUGAUAACAGGGCUUUUGUCACAUUUGAGACAUCAGAGCUGGCUACUCAUGCUCAAACUGCUCUUGAUGGUACUGAAGAAGGAUGGAGAGUUACUUUUGCACGAAAACCACCACAAACAGGAUCCUGGAAUCAAGCAUCGAAUCCGCGGAAUGCACCAGCAGCUAAAGAUUCUAACCGGACUCUCUUGACAUAUGAUGACCUCUUUGAAUAAAUUAAUAUAAAAUAAAAUAUUUUU